GCCAAGGAUGGUUCUACCAUACGCCGUGUAAUGGAAUCCAUAUUCCGAUACUUCAAUAAUGGAAACUUGUGGUCUAUAAAUGAUGGCCUUGCCUUUUCUGUUUUAAAGGAUAUGUUGUUUUUAAUGGAUGAUUCUGGAAAAAACACUCAUGUUUUGUUGUCAAUGUUAAUUAAGCAUCUGGAUCAUAAAAUUGUUCUUAAAGAACCCAAAAUGCAGCUUGACAUUGUUGAGGUGACUACUUCACUUGCUCAAUAUGCAAAGGUUCAACCUUCUGUAUCAAUAAUUGGUGCUCUAAGUGAUGUGAUGAGACAUUUGCGGAAGAGCAUACAAUGUUCCUUAGAAAACUAAAAUCUAGCAAGUGAUGUAAUCGAAUGGAACAAGAAUUUUAGAGAAGCUGUGGAUAAGUGC